AUGGCGCGCAAUCAGCCCAUGAGCAUGGAGGCCAUGCUGGACGAGGAACGUAAGGAGGUCCUCGCCCUGCUCGAGGGGCGCUCGUCCCCCGAGGCCAUUCGCUCGACCUCGCCCUACACGACGCCUCGCUCGCCCGUCAUGAGCAUGCUCGACGUCGUCGACGAUGCCGCCAGCACCUCGAGCAAGAGCCCGCCCCGCGUCGCCCCCGUCCGCAGCAUGCUCGACGUCGACAGCCCCCCCAUGCACCCCGUGCGCAGGAGCAUGCUCGACAUUGACGUCCCCGCUGCCGGCCACGCACCCAGCGGCCCCAACUCGCCCGUCGAGUCGAGGUCCUCUUUCCAGUCCAACCGCGCCCCCGCCCAUCACCCGCGCUCCAUGUCCGACACGAGCUCCAAGCCCAGCUUUGGGCCUCGUGCCUCCAUUGGCAGCCGUCUCGACCCCACCGCCGGCUACCAGUUCUCCGACAUCAACACGAACAACAUUGGCCAGGCCCUGCCCAAGAGAAACACCCAGGCCGCCAAGUUUGGCGCCUCGUCCUCGGGCAACGUCGGCAACACCAACGCCAUGGCCGAGGCCCUGCGCGGCAGCGAUCUCUCGAGCAUCAUCCUGCCGACCGACAGGACGGGGCGCCACGGCUCCGUCUCGGGCCCCUCGGGCCGUAGAAGCUCGAGCAAGAACAACACAAAAUCCAAGUCGCCCCACGGCAGAAUGGGCUUCCGCUCCCCCUCGCCCAACGUCUCGGGCCAUUUCCAGCAGAUCCCCGGCACCGCCGUCCUCGACGACGGCCGUGUCGUAGACAUCAGCAACGCCUAUCGCAAGCUGUCCGACGCCAACCUCGCCUUUUCUGCCGGAAGUCUUUCGGGGCUGGCGCAUCGCAAGUCCAACGCGUCCGACAAUGCCAACCACGGAAGACUGGCCAAGGAUUACCUGAGCCCGGACGGUGAAGAUCUCGAGGACAGCAGCGACGAGGAGCCGAACAACGACAGCUCAGACGACGAGGGGACAAGGGGGCGCAAGCUCUUGCCAGAGUCUCGCGAUGCCAAGGCCAAAUCGACGCCAGCCGCCGCAGCGGGGCCGCAGCGACAGACGCGCAGUCUGCUGGCGGCCGCCGAGGAAGAACGUAUUGAAGUGUCCACCAAUCAGCCAAACCGACAGCCCGGGUACAGGUCACUCUUCGACGAGCCCGAGAUCACAGUCACGGGCCCCAGUGGCGAGAGGGCCAAGCCUUCCAAGCCCGGUGUCCAUCCCUCAACAGCAUUCGAUCAGAGCCCGACGUCGGGCCCGCCAAGCGCUGUCGACUCCGACGAGGAGGCAGACCUGACGGACAUCAAGCGAGCACAAAAACUGGCCUUCUCCAUGACACCCGUCAUCUCGACGCCCGACUCCCAUCGCACCAUUCGCAUCGUGUAUCGAGGUGAAUUCGACGAGCUCGAGCGCGCGGCGGACGAAGAGGGCCGCACGUUGCGAAAGUAUCUCGUGGCGACAGAUCUCAGCGACGAGUCGAGCCACGCGCUGGAGUGGACCAUCGGCACAGUCCUCCGUGACGGCGACACGCUCCUCGCGAUCUAUUGCGUCGACGAGGAGACGGGCAUCUACGCGGACGAGAAUGUGCUGAUCCCCGACGAAGUCAAGGCGCACAAGGAGCAGGCGGCGGCGAUCAAUGCAGUGACGGCUGGCAAGGACGGACAGGGCAGCGCGAAUCCGGCGCCCAUCUUCCCGCACAUUUCACGAGCGACGGCCUUGGGUUUCGGGUCUAGGAGCUCGUCGCCGGCGCCGGCCAGCCGGGACAGGGGCAGGGCGGAGGAGGAGCGGCAGCGGGCAGUGGAGGAGAUCACGGAGCGGGUGACGAAGCUGCUGCGCAAGACUAAGCUGCAGGUGCGUGUGGUGGUCGAGGUCCUGCACUGCAAGAACCCCAAGCAUCUCAUCACGGAGGUGAUUGACCUCGUCAGCCCGACGCUGGUCAUUCUGGGCAGUCGGGGCCGCAGCGCACUGAAGGGCGUCAUUCUGGGCUCGUUCUCCAACUAUCUCGUCACGAAGAGCUCGGUGCCGGUCAUGGUGGCACGCAAGCGGCUGAGGAAACACAGCAAGUACAAAAAGGGGCCGAUGGGCCAGGUCAACAACCUCAGCAACCCGGCGAGCCGCAGUCUCGCGAACGCCAAGAUCGAUUAG